AUGGAGGUCGACCAAAUUGACAAGCUCCUAGAGCGCUAUCUUCAUCUCCUCCACCAAUAUACGACUCUCAGAGAGCAGCUCAGCAGUCUGCAAACAGGCAUAUAUCAGAACAUUGCACGUGCUAACUUUGCCGCCGAGCGAGGAAUGCGCUUUGGCCAAGACUACUACGACGAGCGCAUGCAGGCCUCUAGAAAAGUGGCUAUCAUUCUAGGCGGCGACCAGGAUGUCCCCGCGUUUGCCGUCGCUGCCGGGAGUACGGAAGCUGGGUUGACCCAAUCGGAACAGGGAGCUGCUGCGGAUGAUGGCACCAAAGAUGCGAGCAAAGAAAAGAAAGAAAAGGAGGAAGAGGAGGCUCGCGAGCUUCGGAAGGGACAGCGGAAAGAUCCGCUGAGAUGGUUCGGACUGCUAACGCCUAUGCCUCUACGACAAGCGCAGGCGCAAAGCAUCGAGGCGAUAGAGCGAGUCAUCCCCAAACUAGUCUCCGUCAAUGCUCAGAUGACCCAGGUCGAAAUUGAAGUCCGCAGAGCUCGGAAGAAGCGUGCUAAGGCCGAGGCGGCAGCCGUCAAACAGGAACAGGAGGUUAGCGCGGGCUCCGGCGCGGAGAUUACGGUAUGA